AUGCUGUUCAGAUGCAAUAUUUUAGCACUUGUCGGAAGUAAAACCAAUGCCCAGUAUCCUCCAAACAAAGUGAUUAUAUGGGAUGAUCAUCAGAGUCGGUGCAUUAGUGAGUUCUUGUUUAGAUCUGAGCUUCUUCACCAAAUAGAGACUCUGGCAAACCCCAGGGGACUUUGUUGCCUCUCACACCACUUGAAUACAUCUGUGUUGGCCUGCCCUGGUCUACGACGAGGACAGGUCAGGGUUGAACAUUUUGGCCUGAAUAUGACAAAAUUUAUCAAUGGCCAUGACUCUCAGAUAGCUUCCAUGACCUUGACAAUGGAUGGACUUCUUCUUGCAACUGCCAGCAUAAGAGGCACUUUGAUAAGAAUUUUCAACACAAUGGAUGGAACUCGGUUACAAGAGGUACGCAGAGGGGUAGACAGAGCAGAUAUAUACAGUAUUGCCCUAUCUCCAAAUGUUCAGUGGUUGGCCGUGUCGAGUGACAAAGGCACUGUCCACAUAUUCAGUCUCAGAGUGCGGGUAGUUGGUGAUGACCUGUCAACUGAGGUCACUGGUGUAAAUGGUUCAGCAUUAUAUCAUCAAGGUUCUUCAAACUCUCUUGAUGGUCUCCUCUCGCCAAAUACUGGUGCUAAUCCCAGCUCAUCAUUGUCUUUCCUGAAAGGGGUUUUACCUAAAUAUUUCAGCUCAGAAUGGUCAUUUGCUCAGUUUCACUUACCAGAAUGUACCCAAUUCAUGACAGCAUUUGGUUCUCAGAACACAGUCAUUAUUGUGGGCUUGGAUGGGAGUUUUUACAGAUGCAGUUUUGAUCCAGUGAAUGGAGGGCCAAUGAUGCAGCAAGAACAUAUUUGCUUUCUGAAAACCGAAACCAGACCUAGAUAG